AUGGCAGACAGAACAACAGUAGAACAAUUUGACACCGCGACUCCAUUUAUAUUUCCAGGGUGUCCGGGAGCGUCUUCAUGGAUCGUUGUGUUUUGCAGGCACCCGCGUAGAAGAGAGAGGUCUUCAGAGAGAGGUGCAAGCGAGGACCACGCGGGAUCUUCAAGAGGCGACAGGAAGUCGGAUUUAAGGAGUCGGAAUGGAUAUUCAAUGCCACGUCGGUCAAGGAGUCGAGGACGACGUCGCGAUGGCAGGAGUCGAUCACGGGACCGCCGGCGUGAUCGGAGUCGUUCCGAGCGACGACGUGCGGACGAAUCGCGUCGGGCGAGAGAAGAGCAACGAAAGAAAAGCGAACAUGAAAGACGUCUUAGAGAAGAGGAAGAGAAAAUGAAAAAGGAGCUUGAUGAGGCACGAAGAGACGAUUUAACUGUGCUUGUAAUGAAUUUGAGUCUGAAAGCAACUGAAAGGGAUGUCUGGAAGCUUUUCUCUGAAAAAUGCGGUAAAGUUCGAGAUAUUCAAAUUAUUCGUGAUGCUCGAAGUGGCAAAUCGAAAGGUGUUGGUUACGUUGAAUUUUACACUCCGACGUCCGUCAUGACUUCAUUAGCAAUGACUGGACAGCUUCUAAUGGAUCAGCCUGUCAUUAUUCAAGCUUCCCAAGCUGAAAAGAACCGAGCAGCGAAAGCAGCAAAGCAACAGCAAGCCGAACUGACUGAACACGGUCCUAUGAAAAUUUAUGUUGGAGGACUGAUUGAAAAUCUUGCAGCAUUAGAUGAAAAUGAUCUGAAGCAACUUUUCAGUCCAUUUGGCGACAUUGUGAACGUUGAUCUGCAUAAAGAUCCUUAUACAGGGAGGAGCAAGGGAUACGCUUUUAUUCAUUUUCGAAAUGCUCAAGAUGCGCGGGAAGCGAUGACUGCGAUGAAUGGAUUCGACAUUGGGGGAAGAGCAAUUAAAGUAAAUUCUCCUUUAGUUGUACAUUGUCCUUUACCCAAUAUGUCGCAUUGUCUAAUUACAACGUUUGUUGAUUUUGAUUUUCAGGUUGGAUACGCAACGGAGAAUCUUCAACGUCCCGCCAUCGUCACAGACAAUCCUUAUCAGACAGCGUUACAAUUUGCUGAGGCAGCAAAUGAUACAGAGAGACUCGAUGAUGAGGGUGGUGGUUUGCUGAGUGGUGUGAACCCUCGUAUCAGUUUGAUGCAAAAAUUACAGCGGGCGGAAGGUCCAACGACUUCAAUGCCAACAGUACAGCCUGGAGGGUUGCUUGCAGGAAUGGUAUUGCCCGUCCCCUCAGCCCCAUCAGGUAGGCAGCAACUGCUUUCUGAAUCUUGCUCUAUUCACUUUUCAGUUUCCCCCAUCUCAUGCAACGUUUGCUUGGAGCCACUCUUCACUGCUGAAGAUGUUGUUAAAGAAGGGGCGUCGCUUCUCGAUGACAUUGAAGAAGAUGUUAAAAAUGAGUGUUCUAAAUUCGGUUUGGUCUUGAAGGUCUUCGUGAAUAGGAAAUUGCUUGACCGGAAAGUUUACGUCAAAUUUUCCUCGUCAGAAGCUGCAGUGAAGGCAAGCACUGGAAUGCAAGGACGUUACUUCGCCGGAAAGCCAAUUCAAUGUUCAUAUGUGCCCGAUCAAAUAUGGAACGCCGUUUGUCAAUCUUCAUACUAG